GCGCUCCGCCGCGCCGCGCAGCGCUUUGGGUCGGAGCCCACGCGGGACGCAGCGCUGCUCCGUGGGACCCCCGCGCUCCUCCGUGGGACCCCCGCGCUCCUCCGUGGGACCCCGGCACCCCGCCGCCGCGACCCCGCCGUCCCCACCGUCCCGUCUGCCCUCCGCUGACCCCCAGCGGCUCCGCCGGCCCCGACGUCUCACCUUUGCCGUCCUCCGACCCCCCCGCCCGCCGCCAGGGUCCCUCGGAGCCCCGCCGACCCCCGGCGUUCCGCCCCGCCGGUUCUCCUUCGCCCUCCGCCGACCCUCGGAGCCGCGCCGACCCCCGCGGUCCCGUCCGCGGUCCCGUCCGCGCCGUCCGCCGACCCCCGGCUUCUCGUUUUCGCACCGCCUCGACCCCGUCCCCGCCGCCCCCCCGCCGCCAUGUCCACCCCGUCCCAACGGAGGAGCGGCCGCGGCGGCGGCCCUUCGGGGACCCCCCUGUCCCCGACGCGCAUCACUCGGCUGCAGGAGAAGGAGGACCUCCAGGAGCUGAACGACCGCCUGGCCGUUUAUAUCGACAAAGUGCGCUCCUUGGAGCUGGAGAACGCCGGGCUGCGGCUGCGCAUCACCGAGUCCGAGGAGGUGGUGAGCCGGGAGGUGUCGGGCAUCAAGGCCGCCUACGAGUCCGAGCUGGCGGACGCGAGGAAGACGCUGGACUCGGUGGCGAAGGAGCGGGCGAGGCUGCAGCUGGAGCUGAGCAAAGUGAGGGAGGAGCACAAGGAGCUGAAGGCCAGGAACGGCAAGAAGGAGGCGGAGCUGCUGGCGGCGCAGGGCCGCCUGAAGGACCUGGAGGCGCUGCUCAACUCCAAGGAGGCCGCGCUCAGCACCGCGCUGGGCGAGAAGAGGAGCCUGGAGAACGAAGUGCGCGACCUCCGGGCGCAGGUGGCCAAGCUGGACGGCGCGCUGGGCGAGGCCAAGAAGCAGCUGCAGGACGAGAUGCUGCGGCGCGUGGAUGCCGAGAACCGCCUGCAGACGCUGAAGGAGGAGCUGGAGUUCCAGAAGAACAUCUACAGCGAGGAGCUGCGUGAGACGAAGCGGCGGCACGAGACGCGGCUGGUGGAGAUCGACAACGGGAGGCAGCAGGAGUUCGAGAGCAAGCUGGCCGAGGCGCUGCAGGACCUGCGCCGGCAGCACGAGAACCAGAUCCGGCUGUACCGCGACGAGCUCGAGAAAACGUACGGCGCCAAGGUGAGCGGGGCUGUGGGGCUGGGG